UCGGGUCUCACGCAGGCUCCUCAAAAGGAGCCACACAGGCCGGAGCUGCUUGAAGAAGAAAAUUCUCAGCAUGGAAAACUCGGGCAAAGAAAAUGAAGAGCUAGCACAGAGCACUCAGACCGAGGAAGAGCAGCCUCCGUUGGAGCAGUCUCCUGAAAAUCAGUUCUCCAAGGAGGAGCAGUCCUCAGAGGAUCUGUCCUCCGAGAAGGAGUCCUCAGAUGAGGAGUUCUUUCCUGAAGAGCUUCUGCCUGAGCUGCUGCCAGAGGUGCUGCUGUCGGAAGAUCGUCCUCCGCAGGAGUGCCUCUCGCACAAGAACCUGUUCGAGGGCCGUCCAGCCAUGGAGCAACCUCCCUGUGGGUUGGGAGAACACAAGCUAGAGGAGGGAAGUUUCAAAGAAAGGCUGGCCCGUUUCCGCCCUCGGUUCAGAGGAGUCAUCCAUGGCAGAAAUUUAAGCAAUGAAGAAAUGAUACAGGCAGCGGAUGAGUUGGAAGAGAUGAAGCGAGUACGAAAUAAACUGAUGAUAAUGCAUUGGAAGGCAAAACGGAACCGCCCUUACCGUAUUUAAUGUGUUCCACCUUUCUUUGUUUUGCUUGAUAAGAGUAUUGCUCCCUGAACUCAUCUUCUUACAUGCCUUUUUCUUUCUUAGUUGUAAUUUUUUGUGCAGUUUUAUUUCAGGUGUUUGACUUGUAACUGGCACAGGAUUCCUUUUAUUGUUUUUUUCUUUAACGUUCUAAAAUCCGAGUCCGAUCCAUUUGCAUGGAAAGAGAAACAUUAUAUAUGUGAGGUGAUAAAAGCAAAAGGUAUAUACAUAGCAUCCCAUUUUUGUAAAAGGAAAACACAUUUAUAUAUUAAUAUGCAAAGAAAAGCUUAAAACUAUAUACUUAAAGGCUAACUGACAUUGGUUAUCUGUGUGGU